UGUGAUGUGACGCUGCUGCACUCACCGACGUUUUGGGGCAGUGACAAAGAUGACAGCCCUCCGAGUCGAUACUACUGACACCAUCAGACACUGCGGAUCGUGGUGACAAAGCCGCUUGAUCGGUGCUGAGGCUGACACUGGCUAGUCAUUUAGGCCUGUAAAACAGAACGCUGGGCGAUGCAUCAUCAGAUUGAGAUUGACCUGAAUUGAGGAGCUCAGAUCGUUGAUUGAGAGCAGCCUUGAGUUGAGUGUCUGCAUCUUUGUGCGCCCUGAUCUGCUCCUUUCGAACCAGCCUUACCAAGAUCUCCCAAGACAAGAGGACGAUGCGAACGCAUGCAGGUUGUCCGGAGAGCCCCCAUCCACAGGUCUUAUCGAUAGGCAGGGUAUGUUUUGCUCGCCAACCACAAGCGCGAACGUUUCUCGCAUCAGCCGCCAUCUCCCCGAAGAUUGGAAAUGUCUCAGUCCAUCCAGAGUGCUGGAUCCAGGGCUGCAUCCGACGAAGUCGGCUUAAGGCUGUAUCUGGAUUGGCUUGCGGUUCGUCCACCGUUGAGGACCCCCCGUUGAGCCAAGUAGCGGUAACGACUUCAUGUAGUCCGCUGCUGUCAUCGUACAGGAUUCUGAAUAGGAUCGUGCCCGUGCUAUCCGGACCUGUUCGCCGUGGGAUGCUCAGCCCUAUGAGUUGCUUUGUGCAUGAUCCCUUGGCUGAAAUCUCACCGCACUUCUACAGCGUUGGACCAAUUGGGUCUCGCCGUUUUACAGGCUUCGAGAAGGAUCUUCGAAUAGUCGAGGAAUCGAGACAUGAUUGGGAAUCGAUAAAAGGGCGGUUCGUUGUGCAAUUUGAGGUUGCAAUACGUGUACGCCGAGGCUUACUGUGUACUGACGGCGUACAGGGGAGAUACGGUAAGAACCGCUGGAAUGCACAGACACGGCAGGGAAACAGCGGUGCGGAAGAGGCCAGCUAACCUCUCGGCACGUUUGUGCUUCCGAGUGAAUGCGCGAGGCUGUUGUGCAAGGCUGUGUGGAGACUGCGUGUGGCAGGGAACGGCAUAAUUUUAGCCUAGCGCGAAAGCCAGUUACGUCAGGUCCCAUACAGCGUGUGGCGUCACCUGCGUACAAACAUCUUCUGAGCAACACCUACAGUGGAGCUGAAAGAUGCAUGUACGUAUUGCACUGCAAGGCUUGAAGUCACCUCAGUGAUGAGCACAAUCUCAAAAAAUGGACGGAAAGUAAGAUGGGUAACGUCACAGCACUACCCUUCCUUUCAUUACAGGAGUUGAUGGAUACCGUUUUCCUAAUCUCUGCCAUUCAUUGUCUGUUC